CGGCCUCGGUCCUCCCCCCGCCGCCGCCGCCGGGCAGCGCAGCUCAGCGCAGGGCUCGCCCGCCGCCCAGAGGGAGAUGCGCUCCGUGCCAGACGACGCCCGGCCCGGCCCUCGCCCGCUCCGAGGUGCGCCGGCUCUGCGUGUGCGCGUUGCCUUCUCCCUUCCUCCCUCUGCCCUCCCUCUCUCUGUGUCGCGGGGGCUUCUCCACCCUCGUCCCCGGCUCGCUCUCUCCGCUCCCGGCGGGCAGCGCCGGCCGAAGUCGACUCGGACCUCUGUUGGAUCAACUAAGGAAAGACAAGUUUUCUGCAAUAUGAACAGAAAGCACAACUGUGAAGGCAUGAAGAGGGCGAGAAUUUCCAAGCCACAAGUUCUGUGUCUCCUUCUAUUUUGGGGGAUUCUGCUCUUCUCGGCUGAGGGGACGUCAAAGCAUCAUGUUCCAAGACUGAAACUGUCUUACAAAGACUUGCUGCUUUCGAACAGCUGCAUCCCGUUCCUGGGCUCGGCGGAAGGGCUGGAUUUUCGGACUUUGCUCCUUGAUGAAGAAAGGGGUCAUCUCCUGCUUGGCGCCAAGGACCACAUAUUCCUCCUCAGCUUGGUCGACUUAAACAAAAAUGGGAAGAAGAUAUUUUGGCCCGCAGCAAAGGAAAAAGUGGAUUUAUGUAAACUAGCCGGGAAAGAUGCCCAUGCGGAAUGUGCCAACUUCAUCAGGGUCCUUCAGCCGUACAACAAGACUCAUGUUUACGUCUGCGGUACAGGAGCAUUUCACCCGGUCUGCGGCUACAUCGAUCUUGGGACGCACAAAGAGGACAUCAUGUUCAGAUUUAAUGCUCACAACUUGGAAUCCGGCAGGCUAAAAUGCCCCUUUGAUCCCCAGCAGCCUUUUGCAUCGGUCAUGGCGGAUGGGUAUCUUUACUCUGGAACUGCCUCAGACUUCCUUGGCAAAGACACGGCGCUCACCCGAUCUCUAGGCGCAUCGCAAGACCAGCAUUACAUCAGGACGGAUAUGUCCGAGCACUACUGGCUAAACGGAGCAAAGUUUAUUGGAAUCUUUCCUAUCCCAGACACCUAUAACCCGGACGAUGACAAAAUCUAUUUCUUUUUCCGAGAAGUUUCGCAAGAGAGCAGCACCUCCGACAGGGCCAUCCUCUCCUACGUCGGGCGCGUCUGUCAGAAUGACAUUGGAGGUCAACGCAGUCUGAUCAACAAGUGGACGACAUUCCUGAAAGCUCGGCUGGUUUGCUCCAUCCCAGGUCCAGAAGGAGCUGACACACAUUUUGAUGAACUCCAAGACACUUUCCUGCUUUCCACCAGGGACGAAAGGAACCCCAUGGUCUAUGGGGUUUUCACCACCACAAGUUCUGUCUUCAAGGGCUCAGCGGUUUGCGUCUACAGCAUGGCCGACAUCCGAGCAGUCUUCAGCGGCUAUUAUUCCCACAAAGAAAGCGUGGAUCACCGCUGGGUUCAGUACGAUGGGCGAAUUCCCUACCCAAGGCCUGGCACCUGUCCGAGCCGAACCUACGACCCCUCGGUCAAGACCACCCGGGAUUUCCCCGAUGACGUCAUCAGCUUCAUCAAGCGCCACCCCCUGAUGCACAGAGCGGUUGACCCGGUGGGAGGGGCCCCGGUCUUCACUCAGGUCAACGUGGAUCACCGACUGACUCAGGUGGUGGUGGAUCGGGUCACGGCCGAAGACGGACAGUACGACGUCCUGUUCCUAGGCACAGACACCGGAACCGUGCUGAAAGUUUUGAGCAUCACCAAAGAAAAAUGGGACAUGGAAGAGGUGAUCCUGGAAGAACUACAAGUAUUCAAGCACCCAUCACCUAUCUUGACUAUGGAAAUGUCUCCAAAGCAGCAACAAUUGUACAUUGGUUCCAGAGAUGGGCUAGCUCAGCUUUCCUUGCACAGAUGUCACACGUAUGGGAAGGCGUGUGCUGACUGCUGCCUUGCCAGAGACCCCUAUUGUGCUUGGGAUGGAAAUUCCUGCUCCAGGUACACCCCAACCUCCAAAAGGCGUGCAAGGAGGCAAGAUGUGAAAUACGGAGACCCGAUUACCCAGUGCUGGGAUGUUGAAGACAGCCUUAGUCUUGAAACCGUGGACGAAAAGGUGAUUUUCGGCAUUGAAUUCAACUCAACGUUUCUGGAAUGUGUCCCAAAGUCCCAGCAAGCUUCCAUCAGGUGGUUCAUUCAGCGUUCUGGAGAAGAGUCCCGAGAAGAGCUGAAACCAGACGAAAGAGCCUUCAAGACAGAAUAUGGGCUGCUCAUCCGUAGCUUGCAGAAGAAGGACGCUGGGACGUAUUACUGCAAGGCGCAGGAACACACGUUUGUCCACACCAUCGUGAAGUUAAACUUGAACGUCAUCGAGAAUGGACAGAUGGAGAACAGCCACAGAGCGGAAGAAGAACCAAGCCGGACGCGAGAUCUCCAAGCCGAGUCCCGGCUGAGGUACAAAGAUUAUCUCCAGCUGCUUAGCAGCCCCAGCUUCAACCUGGACGAGUACUGUGAGCAGAUGUGGCACCGGGAAAAGAAACGGCAGCGUAACAAAGGAGGCCCCAAGUGGAAGCAUGUUCAAGAGAUGAAGAAGAAACGGAACCGGAGGCAUCACCAGCCCUCAUCCACAUAGUCCCCAGGCCUUAUUUAAGAGACAGUUGUGCCGGGGAACGUACUUUUCUUGUUCUGGUGAUGCUCUUCUCUCCAGCAGUUUUGCUUCUGAAAGAGACCUGAUGGCACAUAAUCGCUGAGGUAUUUGAGACCUUUGGACAAAUACGCCAUUAAUGGGGGGAAACCUUUGGGAUUUGUAUGUUCCUCAGUUCUGAACUGACAUAAAACAAUGCUCUGUAAAGUUCCAUGAUGAAGGAGAUCCAGUGGCUGUUUCCUUCCUUCCCCAAAGUUGAACAAAAGACCCGUAGGGUGAUUGAACUAUUCAGUCCAAGGAAACUAAAAAACAUGUGUGGCUGUCAGACUGUCAGAUUUCUUCUAGCCAUCCAUGGAUCCUUAUCCAGACACACUUUGGGUUCACUCAGCUGCAGCCACAAAUGUCCUGGCUUGAAUGGACAGGUGAGAAAGGCUUUGUAUAAUGGAAGAAGAGUGAUGCCUUCGUAUAUAAAUCCAGUGUAACCUUAGCUUCAUAGAAAGAAGGUGGACAUGAGUGGCAACCAGUUGGACCGCUGUCUGUUGAAAGGAUACGCCGACACAGAUGGGAACUGGCAACAGAGAAUACAAUUGAGCAGAAGGUUGGACUAGAAGACCUCCAAGGUCCCUUCCAACCCUAUUGUUCUAUGUUCUCAUAUCCAGGAGGCAAGUGGGUGGCCAGUGCAGAAUUUCGGGCAACACCUGUUUUCUUUGGAAGGUAUUUUUUUGUCCCUCUUCUCCACGUCUCUCUCGCCUUACCAUGUUUUGACUCUUCUGCUGCUUUUCAGGUGUUUCUCUGACAUGAAAUCUGGACCGAUUAAAUCUACCAGCAAAAGGAGGGAAGCAGCGUUGUUGAGAAGGUGUGGGAAAACAGCCUUUUCCCCAGUGUGUUAGGAGGCGGUAGCGCAUUGGCGGAAAUUGUGUUUUAUAUUUUUACUAAAAUAAAAUGAAGACAAAGUCCAUGUGUAAAUAAUGCGCACAAAAGAGAUGGGCAGCUUCAAAAAAAUUGUAAAAUGUUCUCCUUUUUUUAAAAAAAAAACUUUUUAACUUUUCGCUGCUUAAAUGACGGAUACGUUUUUGCAAAAGGACGCCUCAUUUUCAGCGGGUUGUCCCUCUCAAGCAGACAAAUGAAACAGGCCAGGCAAAGUUAGAAUCCUGGAUUCACAGAAGUUGGUUUGUAGCCUCAGAAGCCAGACCACGGAGAGCCUGGCUUGAUGGUUUUUUUCAGGCUGUUUUUGCACAAGCAUUGUCUUCUUGACGCCAGUUCUCCAACCGUUGCCCUGACCUCACCCAGCGUCCUUCUGCUCCAUGCCUUUUGUCAGUGUGAAAUGAUGAAUUAGCCAUUUUCCUUACAUGAAGGAAGGUUUGGAUUGAUACCAAAAACGACAGGUUUUUCUUAUUUCUCAUGCGUUCUCUUUCAUCUUGGGAGUAAAUUUUGUGGGAAACCCAUGUAAUUGGCGUGGCACUCAAUAAAAUAGAGACUGGUUUUGAUUCCAGCUUUGAGGGGGGAAAUAGAUGUUUCUUUACGUACUUUUUUUUACGUAUUUGUGUGUAAAUUUUUUGAGUUAAUAAUUGUGUGGCCAUAUUCUGCCUUGGAAGUUGGGUGAAGGGCUGCACCUUUGUGGGGGGAGGAAUACAUGCGCUCGUGAGCCAUUUGGCCUCGCCUUUAUUCAAGUAUCUAAUAUUUAAGCAUUGCUGGAGCCAAAAUCAAAUUGAGCAAAAUUUGUUACAGGAAUAAAAUGCCGCUAAACCUCUCCAUCAAGAAGGUCAACUGUCCAACCCAGUGUAAUUUGGAAGAGUAGGGAUUUCGUUUGUUUGUUUGUAAAACAGGAAAUUUUAUAAAAGAGAAGAGAAAAAAGCAUUGAGGUCAGAUGAGGAUUUAAUUAAAACACGUUGGGGGUGGGUAGGAUGAAAUCAGUGCAUCUAAAUAGCUCAGUGGCUCCUGCAUAACACACUGAAACUCUCGUGCAAAUCCUAUUUUAAAAAGUAAACGGAGGUUAACCUUUCCAGUGGUGUUCAGAUGUUGCAGUCCAGGUUACUGGGUAAAAAGCAUCAAUGAAUACAAAUACAACAUCACAGGCUCUCUUCGUUGCUUUCGUAUAGAUAAAGAAAAUUCUUAGUGUCAUUUUAUCUCAGUGGGAGGAAACUGAUUUUAAUAGUAUGCACAGUAUAGCUGGGAUGUCAUUGACCCAAAUUGUAUGGGCCAUUUUACAAAGAAUGGAUUUUUAAAGACAAUGAAAAUGAGCGUGAAAUUGAUAUAUCACAGAGGGUUUUUUUAAGGCUAGAUCCUUCUAGCCUUCUUCCUAAAACUCUUGGACUGGCCUACAAAUAAGCCUUCCUAUUUUCCUGCACAGAAAAUCAAUUCUGCUGUGAAUCCCCCUUGUUCUUCCCUCCAUCCCCAAGCACAAAAUUACAACGCACAUGUAUGGCAUCACCACAGCCCUUUCAUCCGUCUGUUACAAGGGGGACACCUGCUUAACUCUUUGGGGUGAGCCAAAGUCACUGAGGGCCUCCCACCUCGAUGGGCAUGAAAAGAAGUAAAAAUAAAACAAAGGACAUUUUGUUGGCUGAAAUGAUGCAGGAAUUUAAAAAAAAAAAACCUUUAAAGUAAGUUUAAGUUAUAAAAUAAUUGGAAGUGUUGAGACAAUGUGUUGCCAGAUUGAACACAGCCCAAGGAGGGAAAUAUUCUGCUAGGAGACAAGGGCUCAGAAUGAGAGACUACAAAAAGCCAUUGGACCAUUUGGAGACCCAAGAAGGAAUUGACACCAUGACUGGUGUGUUCUGUUCACAGGUCAUUAGUUUUGCUUCAAAUACAUGCUUUGAGCAUAAUCAUAUGCACACUGGGGCAAGGAAUGAAUGUAGAAGCAUGUUAGAUGUGACCCUUUUUGAUGUUUGGAGAGGAUUCGUGAAGGAUGCUGGAGGUUCUGAAUAUGGGAAGAGUUUGUACCAAAAGUGAAGAAGAAGAAGAAUGGAUGAGGAAAAAGAAAAGAAGGAAAAGGGACAGUAGAAGGAAGAAAAAGUAUGAGGUCCUAUUUGUAAGUUAAUUCUCCAUCGUAACGACUGGAAAAUGAGCAAAAGCAAGAAGGAUUGGUUUGGAACAAGGUGAAAAGAAUGUAUCCUUCUGGGAAAAGUGAAAAGGGGGCGAUUUCUAGAAUGCUGAAUUGAAAAGAAAAGAUAAAGAAAAAUACAUAAAAGAGUGAUUGUUUGCAAAAAUAAUACGUAGGUAAAAUAGCUGCAU